UACCCUCAGACCAUCGUGGAUCAGAAAUAGGAAAGGGUUUCUGGAAUAGAGUUAAGAGAAAGGUUAUUGAUCCCUUGGACUGUCAUUUUUUUACUGCUUGAAAUACACAAACAAUAAGAUUGAAACAUGUGUUCUGGGAAUUGUGCAAAGUGUUUAGGCAUCACACUCAUUCCUUUAGCUAUUCUUUGCUUCCUCUGCAAUAUCCUCCUGCUCUUUCCUGGAGGUAAACCUGCUAAGAACAAUGACGACAUUACAGAUGAGGUCUGGUACUUCGGAGGAAUCAUAGGCUCUGGAAUAUUGAUGAUUUUCCCAGCGCUGGUCUUCUUGGGAUUGAAAACGAACGACUGCUGUGGUUGCUGUGGCAAUGAGAACUGUGGAAAAAGAUUUGCAAUGUUUUUCUCCAUUAUUUUUGCUGGAGUUGGCCUUUUGGGAGCUGGUUAUUCUUUCAUUGUGUCAGCAGUUGCUAUCAAUCGUGGGCCUAAAUGUUUAACAAACGGCACAUAUACAUACCCAUUCAAUGAGGGUGACUACCUGUCCAACAAAUCAAUUUGGAAUGUGUGUGAGGAGCCUUCAGAUAUUGUGCCAUGGCAUCUAACACUCUUCUCCAUGCUGUUGAUCAUGGGCCUGGUUCAAAUGGCACUAUGCGCGUUUCAGGUCAUCAAUGGCCUGAUCGGCACUAUAUGUGGAGACUGCUGCGGAUGUUGCGGGGGCUCCUAAAUUGAAUAGGAUUCUUCAUUACUUCAUUACAUCUCAUGAAGAUAAUAGUUGAAUGGGUUUUAUUGCGUUCUAUUUCCAGAUCUCUGUUUUAUUUAUGCCAUUCAGACAUUUUUUGUACAGGUUAACAAUGUACACUAUGCCUCUUUUGCUUGAUGGCACUGCUUAUGAAGGCAUAAGAGAAAUGUUAUAUUUAUAUGAAAUGUCUCUAUUUUUUUUCAAAAUUAUUAUCACUCACAUUUGAACACAAGGUGUGCUGCUUUUUUUGUUUUUUGCAAAAUAGUAGUACAUCCACAAGUAGACACACUACAAGUCUAACUAUAUGAAUGAAUAUUACAAAAAGUGAGAGUUUAUAUAUUUAAUAUACACAAAAUGGUAUCAAAUAUCUUCUAAAAUAAUAAAAUGAUCAAAAUGAAA